CAAAGUGCACCAGGGAUGUAGGCUUACUCACUCAGUCUGCCACUGAAACGUACAUUCUCAAUCCUUGCAUGAUUGAAUUGGACCUAUCUGUCGUAGAUUCCUACGUUGGAUAUGGGUAACAUCACAGUUCAUCAGAACGUUACAUGUUAUGCGGAGCCAAAGAACAUAUCGUGCUUUACAACACUGCCUGACAAUUUUGUUGGUGGAGUAAUACUAUCAUUUACAGUCUCCAUUGCAAUUGGACUGAUAAUUGGAGGUAUGAUAUGGGUUCUAAUCACAUGCUUGUCCCGCCGGCGUGCCAGUGCAGCUAUUUCCCCAAGAUUGACAAACUCAUCAAGUCGUCGUCCUAGAACUUCUUCUCAAAACCAGGCAUCAAAUAGAUCUGGGUUUUAUCGUAACAGUAGCUGUGAACGUAGGAGCAACCUCAGCCUAGCCAGCCUGACUUUUCAACGGCAGACUUCACAAGAGCAGCCUGAUCCAUUUACAAGAAAACCUAGCUUCAGAGCAUCUACUUUUCAUCCAUUUUUACAAUCUCCUCCUCUAGCGGUUGAAGCUGAAAGUCAACUUGUUACUCUACCUCGUGCCAACAGCACAUCGCCAACAAUUAACACCACUGGCAACUUUGGACGUCCUGACUUUCACUGGUCUAGCAAUAGCCUACGUCUUGGUCACGCAACUCACACACCACCUCCAGCCUAUGAAAGUAUCAUUAAAGCUUUUCCUGACCCUUAAAAAUUGUUGGAUUGUUGUAAAAAACACUCACACAGUUCAUUACACUAAAAGUUCAAGGCAAAAAAAAAAAAACAUCUACAAACUGUACAAGAAAAAUUAGGUUGCUACAAACGUCAUCAAUGUUGGGUCAGCAUUUGACUCACUUUUUAACUGUGCGGUGUAGAACAGCUACAUAUAUAUUGACAUUGAAUCAACAGUAUGCCGCUUGCAACUGCUUGUUGGAGUGGUUUGCUUUCUUCAGAUAACCAUUUGCAUUGCACAGCAAAAGCUUUACAUUUAAUAUUGCAUUUUGUAUACCUUUCAAUCAUGGAAAACGUGAGAUGCGGGAGGCAUGUGGUCAACACCUGUUUAAAAAUUCUUUUUGAAUUGAUAGUUGAUUGGAAAUAGUGAUGCAAGGGCCAUUAUUAUUCGGAAACUGCUGGACUUUCAUAUAUUCCACCCCCACAUGGUUUUCAGCUGCACUGCAUCUACAUAUCAUAAUAAUAACGCAAGGGACCUGAUUUGGGUAGAGGUAUACUUAUACACGGAACCACUGUAAGCCUCAAGGGCUCAUUACCUCACGUGACCCAGGUCAAUGUAAAGCACUAAAAUGUAACUUUUAUUGAUAUAUUUAUUUUAAAAAAAGUGAGCCUAGAAAAGUAUUUAAAACGUCCUGUUCACUGCAAACAGCAUCUGAUGAACGUAUGCUGCUUAUUUGUGGUGGAGAUGUGCACUCUGUCCUACACACUGCAGCAAUGGUCACUCUCCUGGCCUCUUGGUCAGUUACUGCACUGACAAAAAGGAAGUACAACAUCUCUACUUCCAAGAGUGGAAGAAGGUUGAAACAAUGGAUGGACUUACAGCUUCGUUAGGAAUAGUUAUGUUAACCUCAAAUGCUGUGCAUGCCAUAGAUUCUCCUAUAAUACCAGCCACAUAUGCUCCAUAAAAGUGUAAGUGCCCUGAAUGACAUGAUGAUUUUACCCCAUAGAACCAUUGUUUUUCAAUACCCACUAGGCUGCCAGUACACAUAGCAGUAUCAUCUACCUUGGUUUUGCAAUCUGGCUUUGCAGUUUAAUGUGUCUCACCUGUACAAUCCUUAUGACCAAAAAUGCAUUGCAAAACUCUGGAAAUUUGAGGGUAAACUGUGUGUGGCUUUGCCAUGCCUUUCUUGCUACAUGGCACGCUAUCACUAUAUGAAUAGGGCAGCCUUAAGUUAGCUUUGGAAGUAUAAUCUAUGUAUGACAUCUGUAGCUAUGAAAAACCGUAUAACUGGAAACAAUAUGCAAUACAAUAUUAAAAUUUUAAUUUAGCUUUUGAUCCUUAAAAAAAAAUCUUGCAUGAAAAACUUUUUUAUUCUAUUUAUUUUUUUGUAUCUAAUAUUGCAUUUAUAUAGCAUGCAUUGCUCUACUAUUUUCUUAAGAAGUACAAUGUAACAAUCAAGUAUGUCUUCUACCAUGUUUUGCAAAGUGGUUCUAGAGGAAAUGUGUAAAUAUUGUAAGCACUGCUGUAAUUAAUUUAGUCAUUUGUAAUAAAAAUGCUGAAAACUUU